AAACCAAUGAACAAAUGUAUAUUUCAAUCGAUUAACGUAACCUGCUAAGCGCUUUAAGUAAUACCGAGACAGGUUUAUCAUGUUUUAAUUAAAAAUGUCAUAGCCUUCUGCGAGUAAGGACAGUGCACUAAAUGUAAAACGCAUUUUAUCACUGUCAGUUGUUAAAUAGUUACGAAGUGGAUUAAUUUUGGCUGCGGACAUCGAAGGAAUGAAGCCUCGUGCCACCAUGAUCACGACGCCGUCUAAGGCGUAUAGUAUGCCGACGAGGAAGCAUCGGGCCAAGACAGAGAGCUCUUUAACAGUCCAGAGACAUCCAUGGGAGGGCCGGAAGGCGCUGAGCGAGGAGUACGAGGGCGAGCUGUCGGGCAGGGAGGGUUGGUGGCGGACAUACAUCCGGGAGACACCUAUUCCCGGAUCGUACGAACUGGAGGCCCAAAACUGGUAUUACGAGCUGGAGCGGCGCCCCAACACAUACCGCUUCAAGUCAGACGGGAGGCGAAUCGACCCCCAUCCCCACGGCAAGGGCGCUAUGCUCCUUCCCGGGGCAUACGAGCACAAAGACUUCCUUACCAGGUUGGAGCGGGACCCGGCUACGUACGGCUUUAAGACAGCGGAGCGGGACAAGUUUGAUGUGCUCAACUUCGGCCGCAAGGACAAAGAUGUGAAUGUUGCGCCUAACAUGUACGGCGUAGAAAAAUUCCUGACGCUUACCGUAGAUAAACAACCAUCAAAACACAGCGUGUUCAAGUCGCAGUCGAAAAGGUUUCCUACUGAACAGUUCAAACCGCGGGAUGGCCCUGCACCUGGGAAUUAUGAGUACCAACCUGAGCUCCCACCAAAAGUUUCCUCGUGCUUUAAGUCGAAAACACCUCGCUUCUCCAGCUCACACACGCGAGUGCCGGGUCCGGGCUCCUAUGAGAAGACAUUCCAGACCGCACAGAAUGGGGUUCUCCAGAAAAUGGGGCGCCAGCACGGACUGUUCUUCUCAAGCGCCUUCCAGGUCUGAUCUCCAGGAAGCUCAAAACUCUGGGCCGCUACAUGCCAGUGAUUUCCAUAUUGAGAACCUGCCAUGAUGCGGGCGCCGAUUCAUGAAUUAUAGUAUAGUAAAAAAAAUACCACAACGUGUUAUCGUGUUGAUAAAAGAGUUCACAGUAUUAUUUUGUUGUAUGAAAUCGUAAUAUUUAAUUAUUAUGAAGAAGCGUCUUUUAAUGUAUUUUUGUGUACAUAUUUUUUACAUAAUUUUUGUGUGUGAAAUUGGAAAACAUUAUCGGAGUUAUGUGUUUCUUGGAUGAAAUGAGUAAAUUUUCAAAAACAUUUUCAUCAGGUUAAAUGAUUUUUUUAUCACUGUGAUAUGCAAAUAAACAUGUAUUUUAAAUGAUUUUAUAAUUAUUUAUGUGUGUAAAUAAUUAAAUUAUUUAAUUGGAAACAAUCAUUGCUAAAUUGCUAUCAUUGCAGCAAGUCGUACGUUUACUUCUCAUUUUGUUUUGUUUUUAUGAUAAAGAUUUGUUUGAAUGAUGAAGUUCUUUCUUACAUUUGUAUUUCGUAGGGGUAAAAUUUCCACUUGAUUUCAUGAAAAGCAUUCUUAAAACCGUUUUGCAUCUAAACGGAAACUGACUUCAUGUAUGUGUUGCAAAAUUACGUGUGACGUCUGUUUUAAGGAAAGUAAAUUUCGUUCAACGUAUAGUGUUCUUUGUUCUACGGACUUAAAAUGAUCAGAUAUACAUAUUUUGUUUUAAUUAUUUCCUGAAGUUCUGCAAUGCUACAGCGCGGGAUAUUUCUAUAAUUGCUUGUUUGUUAAAUUCAGCUCGUCAUCAACGCGUGUAAAAAAAGGUAAAAACAUAUCAUCGGGAAAAAAGAAUCUUUUAUCAAACUCGUCCAGAGAAAAUCUACCUUAGUUCGCUUACUUACUUAGAUCCAGAACUCGUUAUAUAAAGUAAUGUUUUAAAUGACGCCUGUUUUGACAGUAUUACAUAACAAAACUCGGUAUCCUUCAUAAGAACCAUUGUUUCGACAUGUAUUCAUCCUAUUACAACGUAAUAUUAUGUAACGUGACCUUCAUAGAUUCACCGAGGUGAAUAGACAUCGUUUCAAGCUGCGCGAGGAAUCUCAAUCUGUUCAGAUCGUAACCAUAGUAAAUUACAAUAUAUUCCAUGUCUUCAUAACAUAAAGAUGCGCACACACUUUGACACAAAUUGAUUGCUUCAAUAUCGAUAAACGAUAAACGUGUGGUUAAUAGCACAAACCCCGUCACAGUCGUUUCCAUGGAGCUAAUGACUUCAAAUGGAUUAAACAUGUUAAGAAUAUCUUCUUCAAAUGUGGUCUUAUCAAUGUUUGGCAAAGCCACGAAUUCCCCCC